GCCUGUGUACGGAAUCUUAGAGAAAAUUCAGCAUUAACUUUUCACGGUCUCUCAGGCUGAAAAGCCGCGCCGUCAAUUUUACGCUCCUCCGCAAAAAUUCCGCUCACUCCUCGCUCACCAUAAUUGUCGGUUGUAUCCGACUCACACACUGCUCAGCCCUCCUCUCGCCGGGGGACUCCUAAAUCGCCGACGUUGAAUAAACAUAGAAAAAAAGAGAGGUUCACGUUAACCUCCGACGCGUGUGUCAAGGACAUCGCGGCAGCGGAGCCUUACAUCCUGGCCUGGUCCGGAUCGAGAGCGCGUACCUCACGCAGGCACGCAUGUGCCUACGUACCCCGCGAGCGAGCUCACCUCCUCUUCUUCUUCUUUCCUCAAUAGGCUUUCGAGCGAGUGGACCACGACGCCCGCUCGCGCGGUGGGAGAUCCCGAGGAGACCUCGGCAGGGGGAGGACCAAACACACACGCGCGCGCGAACUCGGAGAACAGCGAUAUAUGAAGGCGAAACUCGCGCACGUCGCGCACUCGAUCGCCCGGAAAGUCUCUCUCUCACACGUGGUAGUCAUCACUCCGGCAGGAAGCGGUGGUCCUCCUCUUUGCGUGCUGUCUCUUCAGCUGUGCUCUCGUGAGCAGACCGCUCCGUGUCGUUUCGCUAGCUCGCUAGUUCGCCGACCACCCGCCGUAUCAGCCUCCUCCGCGGCUCGCAGGGUCCAACCAAGACAAGUCUUUGCGUGAGUUCGUUCGGCGAGGGCGAAUCUCUCGAAGGCGAGUUUCCUCCAGGAGGCGAUUUCCCGCUGUAGCGACCGUCGCGAGUGUGAGUUUCAACCACUCUUCGUCGCGGAGAACGUCCACUCGCUCGAGAAGGUCGUAGGAGGACCCGCACGCGGGGGUGGUGAUCGAGGAACGAUCAUGAGCAAACCGUGGAAAGGCGUGAAGGAGUUCGUCGGCCUGGAGGAGGUCACCAAGCUGGACUUUCUGGUGAUGCUGUUCGCCGAAACCCUGGGCACGUUCCUGCUGGUCCUCAUAGGAUGCGCCUCCUGCAUCACGUGGGUGGCGACGACGCCGCCGACCGUCGUGCACAUCGCGUUCACCUUCGGCCUCGCGGUAGCGAGCUUGGCGCAGGCUUUAGGACCGAUUUCCGGCUGCCACGUGAAUCCGGCUGUGUCGUUCGGCUUGCUGGUCAGCGGAAACUGCACGUUCCUCAAAGCCAUCAGUUACGUGGUCUGCCAAUGUUGCGGCGCCAUCGCGGGCUCCGCGGUUCUCAAGCUGAUGAUGCCGGAGGCGCAAAAGUCGUACGGCAUGGGCGCCACCAUGCUGGGACCCGACGUGACGGUCACCCAAGGCAUCAUAAUGGAGGCGAUUAUCACGUUCCUGCUGGUACUGGUGGUGCAUGCGGUCACAGACCCGAAGCGUACCGACACGAGGGGCUGGGCCCCUUUGGCGAUCGGCCUGACGAUCUCGGCGGCCCACAUGGCGGCGGUGCCGUUCACGGGCAGCAGCAUGAACCCCGCGAGGACUCUGGGUCCUGCCGUGAUUGACGGCCACUUCAGGAACGUCUGGAUCUACUGGGUGGGUCCGAUCGCCGGCGGUUGCGUGGCCGGUGGCGUCUACAGGAUGGGUCUGAGGUCCAACAAGGACGACGACGAGGCGUCCUACGACUUCUAGGAGGAUAACAUCCCGGUUCCGGCUCCGUAAAGAUGAAAUCCGCCAAGGACGAGACGAGAGAGGUCUCUACCUCUCUUUUUAAUUAAGGAACUUAAAAUUAGGGAUAUCUUUCUGAAACGCGUGGACGAAUAAGACUUCGGUUAGCGUAUAAUCGGCGUGAUCGUCAUAAUUCGAUCGCGUUGGUCGACGCGACAUUCUCGGUGCAAAUUUUACAUCCGUUGUUUUGUACACCGUCCUCUCCUGAGUUUUGUAUAUAUCGUACUUAAAGUAGCCCUCCUCGUAGCGAUCGGAUGUAUUAUUUAGCAAUUUAGUAUUGUCUAAAACAGAAUAAGUAGUUUACAACGUAUCUCGCGUACAAACGACACAAAUGCUGGCAUUAACAAAUAUAAUUAUAUUUUGUCAU